AAAGUCGCUGAUUUCCUUCUCUUUAUUCCUUCUUCUCUCUCUCUCUCUCUCUCUCUCCUCUUUUUUUUUUAAAAGUUUUGUUUUCAUUCAAGCAGCUGCUUCAUCAUUUUUGUUCUUUUUCUCUCUCCACCACUUUCACUUCACUGAUUUUCCCGAGAAAAUUUUGUCGCGAUUUUUUGUCUCGGCUGUGAACUCCUUUGGAUUCGAGCUCUUGAAGUAAGUGAAAAGGGGAAAAGGAGAGCACCUACCGGAAUUCUCUCUCGUUUCAGGAGACAGCAGAGUGGGGAUCUGUGAUUCUUUUUCAUUGUCUGAAGGACCAAAAGUAUGGCGCAGAGUAAUUGGGAAGCUGAUAAGAUGCUCGAUGUUUACAUACACGAUUACCUGCUGAAAAGGAAGUUGCACAAUUCUGCCAAAGCUUUUAUGGCUGAGGGGAAAGUUGCAGAUGAUCCAGUAGCCAUUGAUGCACCUGGAGGAUUUCUCUUCGAGUGGUGGUCUGUUUUCUGGGACAUAUUUAUUGCAAGGACAAAUGAAAAGCAUUCAGACGCUGCUGCAGCUUACAUAGAGGCUCAACAAAUGAAGACAAGGGAACAGCAACUGAUGCAGCAGAUGCAACUCAUGCAGCAGCGAAAUGCUCAGUUGCCAAGGAGGGAUACUAAACACUCUAUCCUUGGAAGCUCGAUGAAUGCUGUGAACUCUGAUGGAAUGAUGGGGCAGCAGCAGCCACCCAGUGUUUUGGCGAUGAAGAUGUAUGAAGAACGAAUGAAAAACUCUAAUUCUAUGGAUGCAGGGACCUCAACUGCUUUAAUGGAUGCCAGUAAGAUCAGUCUUCUCAAUCCAACUGCCAAUCACCAAGGCCAGUUGGUACAGGGUGGUCCUGGUAACAUCUCUAUGGCUCUGCAGCAAAUUCGGUCACGGGCACCUUUAGCUACUGAGAUAAAGAGUGAAGUCUCAAAUCAGAAAAGUUUGCCUAUGGAUCCCUCAUCCAUUUAUGGACAAGCUAUCUUGCAAUCAAAAUCAGGACUGUGUGGCCCAGGAGUGAGCCAGGGUAUCUCUGGGCUUCCUUUGAAGGGCUGGCCUUUAACUGGAAUCAAUCAGUUACGACCAAACAUCGCCAUGCAGAUGCAAAAGCCAAACAUGCAGGGGCAAAAUAUCCUUCUUUCAGCAUCACAACAGCAGCAGCAGCAGAUUUUAGCACAGACACAAUCACAGGGUAGCCUUGGAAAUACAAAUAAUUAUGGAGAUAGGUUUCCUCAAUUGCCUACAGGGAGUUUGGAUGCAAAAGAAGGUCAGACAGCUAGGAAUGAAGGUUCUAUAUGCUCCCCUGCUCCAUCGAACUCUUCUAAGAUGAGAAGGCUGCAAACUUCUUCUCAACAAGACCAUUCACAGCGGCAGGCAUCGCAGGUCAAUCAGAAUGGCAGAAAACGAAAGCAGAACUCUUCAUCUGGAGCUGCAAACAGCACUGGCACAGGAAAUACCGAAGGCCUUUCCCCAAUUUCUCCUCCUUCAACUCACACUCCGGGUGAUGGAAUUGCAACCAUGCCCAAAACCUCAGUGUAUGGUCAAGAGGGAACUGGAACAUUUCCAUCAUCUUCUGAUUUCCUGGAAGAUAUGGAACUGGGUGAUAUUGCACCGAUAGAUGAUAAUGGUGUGGAAGGCAGCAGCUUAUAUGUAAAUGUAAAACCGACAGCUCCCAACCCGAAGGAAUCUUCUAAAGGCUUUACAUUUGGUGAAGUUGGCUGUAUACGGACAAGAAACAGCAAGGUUACCUGCUGUCACUUCUCUUCAGACGGAAAACUGCUUGCUAGUGCUGGGCAUGACAAGAAGGUUGUUCUCUGGGAUAUGGAUACCCUUCAGAGAGAGAACACUGCCGAGGAGCACAAAAUGGUAAUUACAGAUGUCCGUUUCAGACCGAAUUCAUCUCAGUUCGUAACAACUUCGGUUGACAAAACUGUACGGUUAUGGGAUGCUGCCAACCCAAAUUUUUCUUUACAAGCAUAUACUUCACAUAGUUCGCCUGUGGUGUCCCUAGACUUCCAUCCUACAAAGACCGACCUUUUCUGUUUCUGUGACAACGACAACGAAAUCCGCUACUGGAGUAUUGAUCCCUUCUCGUGCACUCGCAUUUCCAAGGGAGGGAUGGCUCAAGUGAGAUUUCAACCAAGAACAGGACAAUAUCUGGCAGCAGUUUCAGACAAAAUCAUAUCCAUUUUUGAAGUAGAAACCGAUAAGCAAGCAUAUUUGCUCCAGGGGCAUGGUGAAAUGGUGAACUACAUAAGCUGGGAUGCAAAUGGAGAGUACUUGGCGUCAGUGAGUCAGAACUGGGUUAAGUUUUGGAGUGCAUCUUCUGGUCAAUGCAUCCGAGAACUCAGCUCCAACGGUAACCAAUUCCAUUCCUGCGUUUUCCAUCCUAAUUACCCGACUCUCCUCGUCAUCGGAGGAAUCUCGUCGCUGGAGCUGUGGAACAUAGCGGAGAACAAGAGCAUGACGAUACCAGCGCACGAGAACAUCAUCUCGGCCUUGGCUCAGUCUCCUGUCCGGGGGAUGGUUGCCUCCGCCAGCCACGACAGCUCCGUCAAGCUCUGGAAGUAAAAAUCCCUUCCCACUACUUUGCCCUCUCUGUCUCCCUCUCACGGCUAUGGCUAUGGCUAUGGCUAUCAUAUACAUAUAUAUAGACACACACACAUACACGCACACUAUACGUGUAUGUGUAUAUACGUAUGUCGUGUAUUAUAUUUAUUCAGUCUCGGUACGGUUUCUUCUCUAUUUGCUUCUGUUCCACCCACAAACAUCAAGCUAUAUUUAUCUGAGUUCUCUAAACGUUUUGAGAUUCUUCUCUUCUUUUCUUUUUCCUUUUUCUCUUUUCUACAUUAUGUAGUUUUUUUUUUUUAAGAAAUUGAUAAAAUUUUCUCUCUUUUAUAAAUGUAUGGCAUGUAUAUA